UGCGUCGGGCGGGGACGGCCGCGGGCCCCGGUCUGUUGGACCGUCCAGCCCCGGGGGUUGUGUCGGUGUGUGAUGUCCCUGAGUGUGUGCGACACUGAGGUCAUGCGGGCUCCUGUCUGGGUUUGUUUGCUGCGUGUGCGUGUGUGUCGGGGUGCGUGUGGGCAUCCACGUACGUGUGAGUGCUGUGAGUCUGCCUGUGUGUGUCUGCAUGAACAUGUCCUUGAGUGUCUGGGUGAGUUUGAAUUCGUGUGCGAUCCUAUGGGGUGUUGUGUGAGCGCAUAGGUGUGAGUGUAAGCCAGUGUGUGCACAUAGUUACGUGUCUGCUGUGUGUGUAAAUGUCUAGAUGAGUGUGUGUGUCUCUGUGCUGUCUCCGGGGGUGUCUGAGUGUAACAAGUGUGUAAAUGCCCGUAUGUGAGUGCGUCUGGUGUGUAUGUCAAGUUCUGUGGGACUCCCUGAGUUUGUCCGUUGUCUGGUGUGAGUGUGUGAACGAGUGUGUACGUGUCUGUGUGUGUAGGCCCAAGUGUGUGUUUGUCUCUGGGUUGUCUUCAGUGAAUGAGUGUGUACGUGUGUGUGCACAUAGGUCUGGGGAGUGUGUGGUUGUGUGUCUUGUGCAUUCGCCUCUGGAUGUGUGUGUCCUGAGCGAGUCGGUGUGUUGCGAUGGGAGUCCUUUGUGGGUCUGCGGUGUCCGGUUGUCCGUCCCCGGCUGCGCAGGUGUGGUCACCCUCGAGUGUGUGCGUCGCUACCAGUGUGUGUUUGUGUGUCUGGGUGUGGGAGUGGCACUUCCCACUUCCCUUGAGUGGGUCACCGAGGCCACAGCCGUCUGUCUCCCAGUGUCUCCAGCCCGUCGGGCUCAGGGCCUCUAAUUAGUGGCUAGUUGAGGGGGACCCGCCGGGGCGCCGGCCCCCUCCUCCCGCAGGCCGCGGGCGGGCCUUUGUCUGCUCUCCCGGCAGGGUCUGCCUCCCGCCCAGCCAGAUGUGCAGCGCCUGGAGGAGGCCUCUGCCCGGGCGGCCUCGGCCUUGGCCUCCGCAGAGGGGCCGGGUCUCCCCGGCACGGCCCAGGAGGUCUGGGUGUGGAGCGGCGGGUGCUUCCCGGAUCACUGGGAUGGGAUGGAGCCUCUGCUGUUUCCGGGCCGCUUCCGCGCGGCAUUUCCUCCUCCAGCGCUGGCACCGUCCCCGUGCUGGCCGCCUCCCUCCUGCCUUCUGGGAGGAGGGGCUGGGAGGACUGGCCAAGCCUGGGCACGCGCGCGCGUGCGUGCGUGCGCGCGCACACGGGCACACACAUGGCCACACACAGGGUCACAUGGGCACACACACCACACACAAAGUUGCCUACGUACCUACAGCCUACUUACACGGUUACGCACACGGUCCUGCACAUGCAGUCGCCCACGCAUCCCGGUGUAGAUCCCCUGCUGUUGUCCCCAGCCAGGCUGGGGCCCCGGAACCCCCUAACCUCCCUACCAUCAGUAUCAUUUUCUCCCCAGACCCACUGACCUGUUCCCUGGUGGACACCUGUGUGCCCUCCCCCUCUAGACCCCUCCCCUCCCCACCCCCCCACCUAUGCUGGGUCUUUCCACACCCUCCCCCACACCCCACCUGAGCCAGAAGCACAAAGGAGGCUGUGAGGUCGCUGGGAGGAGGGCCCCAGCUCCAGAGGACAGUGGUGAGGACUCCAGGGCUCCGGAGCAGGAGAGGCUCAAAGACACUGCAGCCAGGACCAGAGCCACAGAGCCGCUGGGAGAGGAAAAUUCUGCCCCAGGCCUGGCAGUGCAGGAAAGAAGGAGAGGGACAGGACUGGGGAAAGGGGGUUCCAGCCUCACAUUGCGAUGAGAACAUUGCCACCUUGGCACAGGAGGGGAGGGGGUUUAAGGCAAGAGGAGGGUCAGGGGAAACUGACCAGGAAGAGGUUUAAUCAGAGUUGGUCAAGGUCUCCAGGAUGGAACAGAGGAGAGGAGGCAAGAGGAGAUGGGGGCAGGGGGAGGCAGAGUAGGGGAGGAGGGAGCUUUGGUGGGGGACUAGGCACUGAGGGAGGAUGAAAUUCAAGAGGAGAAGGGCAGAGUAUUCUCAGCCACCCCUGAACUUCAGCCCCAGCCCAGCUCCUCUCACUGCCCCCUCCCUGUCUAGGUGCUGAAGAAGAGGCACUGAGGCCCAGAGGGGCUGACGCACAGGGGUCCGACACCAGGCCGCCAACUGAAGCCCCUGAAAGGACCCCGGUGAUGCUGCCCAGGCUGUGAACAGGGGAGGCGGUGCUGUGGGGGCUGCCGGCAGCCGGGGCUGGAGAGAGACAUGUGGACACGUGGCCUCUAUGGCUCCCGCCUGCCAGAUCCUCCGCUGGGCCCUCACCCUGGGGCUGGGCCUCACAUUCGAAGUCAUACACGCCUUCCGGUCUCAAGAUGAGUUCCUGUCCAGUCUGGAGAGCUAUGAGAUCGCCUUCCCCACUCGAGUGGACCACAAUGGGGCCCUGCUGGCCUUCUCGCCCCCGGCUCCCCGGAGGCAGCGUCGGGGCACGGGGCCAGCCCCAGAGUCCCGUCUCUUCUACAAGGUGGCCGCACCCAGCACCCACUUCCUGCUGAACCUGACCCACAGCCCCCAUCUUCUAGCAGGGCAUGUCUCCGUGGAGUACUGGACACGGGAGGGCCUGGCGUGGCAGAGGGCUGCCCGGCCCCACUGCCUCUAUGCCGGCCACCUGCAGGGCCAGGCCGGCAGCUCCCAUGUGGCCAUCAGCACCUGCGGGGGCCUGCAUGGCCUGAUUGUGGCAGACGAAGAAGAGUAUUUGAUCGAGCCCCUGCAAGGUGGGCCCAAAGGGGCCCAGGGCCCAGAGGAGAGUGGCCCCCACGUGGUGUACAAGCGCUCCUCUCUGCGUCACCCCCACCUGGACACAGCCUGUGGAGUGAGAGACGAGAAGCCAUGGAAAGGGCGGCCGUGGUGGCUGCGGACCCUGAAGCCUCCCCCGGCCAGGCCCCUGGGGAAUGAGACCGAGCGUGGCCAGCCUGGCCUGAAGCGCUCAGUCAGCCGAGAGCGCUACGUGGAGACCCUGGUGGUGGCCGACAAGAUGAUGGUGGCCUACCACGGGCGCCGAGAUGUGGAACAGUACGUGCUGGCCAUCAUGAACAUUGUUGCCAAACUUUUCCAGGACUCGAGUCUGGGAAACAUCGUUAAUAUCCUGGUGACACGCCUCAUUCUGCUCACGGAGGACCAGCCCACCCUGGAGAUCACCCAUCAUGCCGGGAAGUCCCUGGACAGCUUCUGUAAGUGGCAGAAAUCCAUCGUGAACCGCAGCGGCCAUGGCAACGCCAUUCCGGAGAACGGUGUGGCCAACCAUGACACAGCGGUGCUCAUCACGCGCUAUGACAUCUGCAUCUAUAGGAACAAACCCUGUGGCACACUAGGCCUGGCGCCCGUGGGCGGCAUGUGCGAGCGCGAGAGGAGCUGCAGCGUCAAUGAGGACAUCGGCCUGGCCACCGCCUUCACCAUCGCCCACGAGAUCGGACACACGUUUGGCAUGAACCACGACGGUGUGGGGAACAGCUGUGGGGCCCGUGGCCAGGACCCGGCCAAGCUCAUGGCCGCCCACAUCACCAUGAAGACCAACCCCUUCGUGUGGUCGUCCUGCAGCCGCGACUACAUCACCAGCUUUCUGGACUCAGGCCUGGGACUGUGCCUGAACAACCGGCCCCCCAGACAGGACUUCGUGUACCCCACGGUGGCUCCUGGCCAGGCCUACGACGCAGAUGAACAGUGCCGCUUCCAACAUGGAGUCAAAUCGCGUCAGUGUAAAUACGGGGAGGUCUGCAGCGAGCUGUGGUGUCUGAGCAAGAGCAACCGGUGCAUCACCAACAGCAUUCCAGCCGCCGAGGGCACGCUGUGCCAGACGCACACCAUCGACAAAGGGUGGUGCUACAAGCGCGUGUGCGUCCCCUUCGGGUCGCGGCCGGAGGGCGUGGACGGGGCCUGGGGCCCGUGGACUCCGUGGGGCGACUGCAGCCGGACGUGCGGCGGCGGCGUGUCCUCCUCCAGCCGUCACUGCGACAGCCCCAGGCCAACAAUCGGGGGCAAGUACUGCCUGGGUGAGAGACGGCGGCACCGUUCCUGCAACACCGACGACUGUCCCCCGGGCUCCCAGGACUUCAGGGAAAUGCAGUGCUCCGAAUUUGACAGUGUCCCCUUCCGUGGAAAAUUCUACACGUGGAAGACAUACCGAGGAGGGGGCGUGAAGGCCUGCUCACUCACGUGCCUGGCCGAAGGCUUCAACUUCUACACGGAGAGGGCAGCGGCCGUGGUAGAUGGGACGCCCUGCCGCCCGGACACAGUGGACAUUUGCGUCAGCGGCGAGUGCAAGCACGUGGGCUGCGACCGGGUCCUGGGCUCUGACCUGAGGGAAGACAAGUGCCGGGUUUGCGGUGGCGACGGCGGCACCUGUGAAACCAUUGAGGGGGUCUUCAGCCCAGCCUCUCCUGCAGCCGGGUAUGAGGAAGUCGUCUGGAUCCCCAAAGGCUCCGUCCACAUCUUCAUCCAGGACCUGAACCUCUCCUUCAGUCACCUGGCCCUGAAGGGGGACCAGGAGUCCCUGCUGCUGGAGGGGCUGCCCGGGACCCCCCAGCCCCACCGCCUGCCCCUAGCUGGGACCACCUUUCAGCUGCGACAGGGGCCAGAUCAGACGCAGAGCCUAGAAGCCCUGGGACCCAUAAAUGCAUCUCUCAUCGUCAUGGUACUGGCCCGGACAGAGCUGGCUGCCCUCCGCUACCGCUUCAAUGCGCCCAUCGCCCGAGAUGCGCUGCCCCCCUACUCCUGGCACUACGCGCCCUGGACCAAGUGCUCGGCCCAGUGUGCCGGCGGCAGCCAGGUGCAGGCCGUGGAGUGCCGCAAUCAGCUGGACAGCUCGGCCGUGGCCCCCCACCAUUGCAGCGCCCACAGCAAACUGCCCAAGAGACAGCGAGCCUGCAACACGGAGCCCUGCCCGCCAGACUGGGUUGUAGGCAACUGGUCGCGCUGCAGCCGCAGCUGUGAUGCGGGGCUGCGCAGCCGCUCCGUCGUGUGCCAGCGCCGAGUGUCAGCCGCCGAGGAGAAGGCGCUGGACGACAGCGCGUGCCCGCAGCCGCGCCCGCCGGUUCUGGAGGCCUGCCAAGGCCCCGCUUGCCCUCCCGAGUGGGCCGCCCUGGACUGGUCAGAGUGCACCCCCAGCUGCGGGCCAGGCCUCCGCCACCGCGUCGUCCUGUGCAAGAGCUCUGACCACCGCGCCACGCUGCCCCCCGCGCACUGCCCGCCCGCAGCCAAGCCGCCAGCCACCAUGCGUUGCAACUUGCGCCGCUGUCCCCCGGCUCGCUGGGUGACCGGCGAGUGGGGCGAGUGCGGGAUCGGCCAGCAACAGCGUGCGGUGCGCUGCUCCAGCCACACCGGCCAGCCGUCGCGCGAGUGCGCAGAGGCUCUGCGGCCCCCGGCCACGCAGCAGUGCGAAGCCAAGUGCGACAGCGCGCCCCCCGGGGACGGCCCCGAAGAGUGCAAGGAUGUGAACAAGGUCGCCUACUGCCCCCUGGUGCUCAAAUUUCAGUUCUGCAGCAGAGCCUACUUCCGCCAGAUGUGCUGCAAAACCUGCCAGGGCCGCUAGGGGGCGCGCGCGGCCCCGGAGCCACAGCUAGGCGCCGGCUGGAGGGGACCCGGCCCGCCGCUGGCCAGCCUGAAGGAGCCCGAGGGGGCGGGAGCUGGGAGUAAAGGGUGAGACGAAGCCGGAAGUUAUUUAUUGGGAACCCCUGCAGGGCCCCUGGCUGAGGGAUGGAGAGGGGCUGGCCACCCCAGGGCCCCUCCUCGUCCCCUCUCCCAGUUCAUAGUGAGACCCUCUCGAGGGUGGGUUUGAGGAGGGAACAACUGUCCGCCCAGCACCCUUUUCACCCACUCCUAGGGAGCCUCCAAUACUGCCCCCCCCUUUGACCGGAAUAUGUACUGUGAAGAGUGGGGGUGGGGAGGGGGUCUGCCUGUGUCCUGCCCCCAGCACUGCCCUAUCCCUCCACGCUGAGCUGGGGGGGAUGGGGGGAGGGUCUAUGUCCGCUAUGGGGGAGGGGGAUUAGCACCACCUCCCUGACACCCUCCCCCUGACCAGACCAGCUACAGGGCUGAGGCAGAGCUGGCAAGAUCCACCCCAACCUCUGCCCUGCCUGCCCCAGGGGGACCCCGACAUCCAGGCGCCCCCAUCAUGGUGCUACAGGCCCUGCCCUGGGGCCCACACACCCCUCGCCAGGAAGCCCUCCAUCAAUAAAGUUCUGUCUUGUGUAGA